AAAAUGUUUCUGUCAACUAUUACACGCUUCCUCAACAUCAUUUUUAAUUGGAUCCAAGUGUUUUUAGUUAUCAUUUGUGUUAAAUGUCUUCAAUGUGAAGUCAACGGUUUCUCUGGAAUUAUAUUAAUUAAAGUUUUUCAGACCAAGAUGCCCAAACGGAACAAACAUCGUAAACAUGGGAAAAAUAGAAAGAAAUAUGCUAGAGAGAAAUGUGAAAAUAACUCUCAACCUGCUGAUGACAGUAUAAGUCCUGAGAACAAUUCGGAUACUUUAGUGAAUUUCAAUAAUUCAUUAAAUUUUCAAACUCCUUUAAGGCCAAAAGUGAAGAAUACCAAUUCACCUAUUUUAGAAUCUCCUGUUAACACUAUAAUACCAAACAGUUCAAAGGAUGAUUUCAGUUUAAAUGUAAAAAAUGAUAUACUUGAAGAAUAUACUCCAGUCAAAACUAAUCACUACAAAAGAAGGGUGAGUCUAACUAAACAAAGGGAAAGGAGAAGCGAGUCAUGGAAUGUAACAAAUUUAAAGGACCUUUUUGAGGAAGAUUUAAGUUCGUGUAGUGCAACUGUUAUCCAUAAUAAUUGUGAGUUGAGAAAGUCAAAUAGUAGAAGGAGGUCCAGUUCUAGUAUAGCUAAACUACACUCACCAGGAAAGGAGAAACCAUUAUCCUUCCACAAAAGUACCCAGACUUUAGAUGAAAUAUCUCUUCAUCAAUCUUUAGCAGAUAAUAUCAUUACAGAAACACCUAAAAUGAACCAUGGAACCAAGGAUUUUGCACAAAUAGAUAAAACUUUAAAUUUAAAUAAUGCUAAAAAUAAUAGUAAUCACGCCUUAAAGUUGAUUCAUGCUGAUAUUAAUAUAAACCCAUACUUAAAAGACACAGGUUUUAUAAAUGUAGAAUUAGAUCAAAACCAAAAGAAAAUUAAUAAGGAACCUAGUGCAGAAGAAAGGUCAUUUUUCUCACCACAACUAUUCAACAUGGAAUCAAGUUCAACACCUGUCGAUAAAAUUCAUAGUCAGAAAUUAUAUUCUUACUUAAAGGAAACAGUGAUGAAAGAAACUAUGGAAAAUGUCAUAAGCUCUGGUGGAAAAUUUGAUUUCAUUAGUAAUAAAAUUGACACUACUCCUCUAAGAGAUAGUAUAGUAUGUGACACGCCAAGAUCAGAGAAAAUUCUAAACAAAAAACAAAAUUUGAAUGGCAGCUUUGAUAUACAAAUCGAUCCAAUAGUCCAAAAUAAGAGAGAUGUUAAUUUUAACACGCCCCCAGUAUCAGAAAAAACUAACUACAAAGAAAAAACAAAUAGUAUUAGAUUGUUAAGUAACAAGAAGAGAAGUUAUGGCACUUCUAGCAUGCUUUACGAUAGAAGUUCUCCGAAAAUGAGUAAAUUAUUGAAACACUCAAGAAUGUUUAACAAGAACAUGUCUUAUUCGAGAUUAAGUGCUAGCCGCCGAUCAUCGCUCGAUCGUUCAUGUGAACUGUCAAGAUUUUCUAAUAAUUCUAGAGUGGGGUUGUAUGAGAAAAUGAUAAAUAAAAUCAGAAAAUAUAGCAGGGUUUCAGCUAGAUGGAGCUACAGGAUGGUAGAUAUUUGUUCACAACUUGGCAUUCAAAUAAAAAAGAGUUUAACUUCUCUAUGCAAAGUGUACGAAAAAAAUACUGUGCAAGAAUGUACAGAAAGGGUAUGCAAGUGUGAGGAAUUACGGGAGCAGAUUUCGAAUUUAAAUACACAUAUAAGCGGUUUGAACAGCGAAAUUGAAAAUCUAAAACAACAAUUGCACGAAAACAACGACAAUAAGAACAGCGACAUAGAAAAAUUAAACACCGAGAUUAACAAAAUAAAACAGGAAUUAUCUAGAGUGACUGAUGUACGCUCGGAACUUACUAGCCUCAAAGAACAAUUUCAGUGCUUUAAAACUAGGUCUAUAGAGCAAGCGGCUACAUCUGCUCCUUCGUCUGUAGUUAAUAGCGCUCCCCCACCACCUCCUCCUCCUUUACCUCCCCCGCCGCCCCCACCUCCGCCACCGCUGUUGAUGGUACAAAAACCACAAAAAUUGGGUUUGGGCAAGAGGGCCAAAACUACCCUGGGUAUACCCAGUGUCGAAAAAAGUGACAGCAGACCUGUCAUCAGUCUCGACGACAUAUUAAAAGUCAAACUGAAGAAAGCUUCGGAACGCCCAACUGUAAAUCCGACCACUCGUAACCGCACCAGCACGCCCGUCGUCUCGAUGGACAUGUUGCGACAGGUGAAGUUACGCCCAUCGUCCCGCCCCUCGAUGGUCAAGUCCACGCCCAACAGAUCGAGCCUGUCGACGCCGGGCGGCAGUACGGGCUCGUCGGACACGCCCACCAGUCCGCACAGCAGUCUUUGUAGGUUGUUGAACGGCGAUUCGGGCGUAUGGCGAGUGAAACGGUUAAAAAAAGUGGGAGGUUAUAGUCUCGACUCUGUUCACAGGAGAUCGCCGUCGAUCGUUACGGGGAGGAGAGAGAGGACCGAUAGUUGAUCUUCGAUUCACAGGUUGGAUGAUUGACGUUGGGUCGGUGUGCAUGUCAGCAUGUGACAAGUAGUACAGUACUCUCAUAAUGGACUAUCGAUUUAAAUUAAUUGAAAUAAUUACGUACUAACCACCACUGCAUGUUAUUUAUAUUUAUUUAUUUUAUAUAAGAAAAUGUUAUACUGAAAAAUAUAUAUUUAUUUCUACUAAACGAUUUUCAAAGUCGUCAUAUUUACAAUUCUGUGCUUUAUAUUUACAAUUUCUAGCUAUUUAAUGUGCUUGGGCAGACUGUUAUUCUUUUUUUGUUAGAUAUAUUUAUACACUACAUUUUAGUAUUAAUAUACAUAUUGUCAUCAAAUUAUCUUUAUUUUUUUAUUAUAUUUGUGUUAUUUUGUGCUAAUAAAAUAUAAUAUGAUCUACGAAUAGCUAGUAUUUAUAUAUGUCAAUGACUAAAGAAUCCAAGGACAAAUAAC